CCUCAUCCUCAUCUGUAUCGAAUGGGUUAACCAGUGUUACUCUGUCAUUUUUUGACAAUUUUGUUAAAGUAAAUUUCAAGAGGAUCGUAAUAAAAGAUGAGCGAAGAAGAUAAAAAUGCUUCAUUACAAAAAGGUCUGUUACCUGGCCAUGAUCCAGGAUGGAACGAUCCUCCAAAAUGGGCAUAUUCUGGUGGACAAAGUUCUGUAACACCUACCAAAAGACUGUUAAACAAGAGGGUGGCAUUUCCUCUGGCACCUACGCAAACAACAAAUAAAGAUACUCCUUCAAACAAACCAUUAAAUAUGCCACCACCAAUAGAAUCUUCUAUUAAUUUAACAACAGCAUCGCAUGCCCCAAUGUUUCAACCAUCAAACAUAGAAGAAAAAACAAGUGAGAUACAGAUUGAUAAGAAUGAGACAUUAAAUAAUGUUUUAACAAAUUUGGAGACUGCUAUUAAUGAGCAUAUUUCGGAGAAAAACAGAGCUGAAGAGGUAAAAAAGAGGCUAGACAUACUGAAAGCAGCAUGGUUUGAAGAUAAACUGGAUAAUGUGAUAUGUAAAAGCAUUUUAGAUUUGUCUACAGCAUUACGAGAGGGGAACGUUGAAAAGGCAGAUGAAAUACAUAUUGCAUUAAUGAUGAAACAUGCCACUCUAUGCAGCGCAUGGAUACCUGGUAUUAGGCAUAUUAUUUUAGGAUUAAAAACCAAGAUGCAGAGCUCAACUGUGAUACAAUCUCAAAACCCAGAUUUACAUUUAUUACCAGUUGAAGAAAAUAAAUGAAUAACGAUUGCAUACAGAAGUUGCUUUAUCUUUUUAUUUACGCUUGUAAAUAUUUAUUAAGGCUACGAUUGGAGAUGUAUAUUAAUUGUUAUAAGGAAAGAACUGUCUACAAAUAUGACAAAUUUUAUCACGGCAAAAUAAAAUAAUUUUUAUUCUA